AUGACCAUGCAAUCAUCACAAUACACUUCACCAUUCCUACAAUUCAAAUUGUCCAAACCGAGCAAAGUUGAGAAACCUCAACAUCAAAUGAAACAACACAAUUCACAUGUCUUUGUGCACCAAGAACAUGUUGCUCCACAACCAAAAUCUUCCAAUUCAUCCAAUCCACCAAUGAUGAUGCAAAACUAUCAUUAUAUACCACCUAUUUUUGUGAAUAAUUCACCUCCUCCAUCUCAAAUUAGCUCUCAAAUCCUUCCUCCACCACAAGAAGCACUUCAACAUCAAUUCACAAUGUCAUCAUCUCAGCCACAAUAUCAUCAUCAAUUCAUGACACAACCUGAAAAGAAGGUUAAAAAAGCAAAGAGAACUCAAUCACCUCCUGUACCUGCUUCACAACAAGCAACUCAACCUGCCUAUAUUCAUUGGAAAUUCAAUGAAAGUUUCGAUAAUUCUCCUCAACAAUCAACCUCAACAUCUAGUCUCCCUUCUUCUAACAGCACUGUUGGAAAAAGUACAAACUCUAAAAGAUCUAAGAAAGUGAAAUAUGGUUGUCUGGCAUUUUCUCUCUCAGACUGUACUCUUGUAAAUAAUAUAAAUUAUCAAAGACCCCAUCACAAUACUAAUAAUAAUUGGUUACCUUCUUCAAAUAUCCCAAAUUGUAACAUUAUCCAAUCGAGUCAACCAACAUUUCCAAUAGAAUCCAAAGAAUCGAAUAUACCUUCUAAUAAUUCCAACAACCAACUUCAUGGUAUCCUUAAUUAUUCCAACAACAGCGAACAUUCACUUCACAUUGCCAAAAACCAAGAAGCAAACAUGGUCAAGAAUCAAGAAUCGCCAUUGACAACCGUUGAAACUUCUCUCUCUCCAAACCAAGUCUCUCCUAGAGUAAUAAGGACAAACAUCUCAAUAAAAGACAUCCUGAAUUAA